AUGGUGCGUGAUUGCUUGGCGGAUGACUUCAAAGCAUUCCUGGAUCCACGCGAGUACGUAGCAAUCGGCCGACGAGGCGGUGCAGGUCACGCGAGAUACUCGGAUUUACGCCUGCCUGGCCGAUGGCAAGGCUUCACUUUCUUGCACCACGACCCACUGCGAAAACGCCAGGAUCGGGACUACCUGCAGCGUUGCGUUCAAAGAUUCAGGCUUGCCGUCAAAUCACCUGGCAAGAAGCUCUUGGUGAUUUGCUGCCUGGUGGAUUCUAUGAAAAGCCUACAACAGCUUAGACAGAACGCUGCAGAGCCAGCAAGCGCUCAAAGUCAGCUUGGCGACAAAGCGUCCUGGGCGUAUUUUUCUCCAAGCGAAGUGUGCAAGCUGUACGACGCGCUCAGAGACUUUGGCACUUCAGACUUUCGGUUGGUUGCUGCGGUUUGGUGCGUGGGCAAUGCUUCUUCUGCUCAUGGGACGCCGCUUGUGGUGGAAAUACCUUUGUCCCAGUUGCGGCGAAAAGAGGGAGAAUCAGGCGAUGGUGCAGGAGGCGAAACGGGGGGAUUCCAUGGGAGUGCCGCGAUGUUUGAGAUUCAUUUGUCAGCUGACGAUGCGGAGUUGGAUCCCUUCAAGUUCUUCCACCACUCCGGAAACGACGAGGUCUUCAGCGAGGUGGUGCUUGGCACUGCGGCGGUGUGUGCGGAGGAUGAACUGGAUUGCUUUGAGCCGUCGGGUUACAGGGACAGCCUCAGGCAAAGCCCAGCUGAAGGCAAUGAGCUCUGUCAGUGGUGUAAGGCUGGUUUUCCCAGCAGGAAUGCUUUGUUUGCGCACAUCCGCAGUUCGACGGCGUGCCUGGGGAUGAUCUCCGAAGCAGACGCAUCCGGUUAUUUGUCCUUGCUUAAGCCACGCGAUCCGCAGCUCAUUGCCAUUCUGAUAGGGGUUGAUCUGUCAUGGGCUCACUGUAUGCAGGUCCUCAACGACAAAAUGGCGUGUUGUGGAGAGGGAGCGUCUCUGAUUCUUCACGCGAGCGGAAGCCAUUUCUGUCCAACAGUUGCAACGCCAGUGCUUGCAAGAUUGUCAUCUGGAAUGACCGGAGAUGCUUUGAUGGAUCGCUUGAGAGCUGAGCUUUCGCAGACAGCUCUGAUUCUGCAUAGCUGCAUCCCUGUCAACAAAGCAGUGCUGCAGGAGUGGCAGCAGAGCGAUAUGCUUCAACAUUUCGCAUACCUCCUUCCAUUCGCAGCAUUGUCCGGUGGAAGUGAUCAGCCCUGCGAUUUUGAGCAGCGGCGCGACAUCUACCGCAACUUCAAGGCGGCCAUGGCGGAAGUCCAGGCUGCUUCCGACGGACUCGGACCCCGAGUCCAGCUGAAGAUGACCCAGCGGGCCACGCUGAAGGAAGAGGAGUUUGUGGUGGUGAAGAUCGCCGGGAAGGAUGGCAAAAGCACCUUCCGCGUGCCGGUCCAUCUUGAACUGGUGAAGAAGGUUGGCGCUGGCGCGUAUGGUUGCGUUGCCUCUUUCAAGGACAAAACAUCAGGAGAGAAGAUCGCGGUGAAGAAAAUCACCAAUGCGUUUGAUGAUCUGGUUGAUGGGAAGCGCAUUCUGCGUGAGGUCAAGCUCCUGAGGCAGCUAGACCACGACAACAUCAUCCGAAUCCUCGACAUGUAUCCCCCAACGGGGCCAGAGUUUGAGGACAUCUACAUAGUGACUGACCUCAUGGAAACUGAUUUGCACCGUGUCAUAUAUUCGAAGCAGCCUUUGACCGAGGAGCAUCAUCAGUAUUUCGUGCAUCAGUUGCUGCGGGGCUUAGCGUACUUGCACAGCGCGCACAUAGUGCACCGAGACAUCAAGCCGUCGAAUCUUUUGGUGAACAAGAACUGUGACCUGAAGAUUUGCGACUUCGGACUUGCUCGGGUUCUGGCAGAGGCGGAAGACGCAGGGCGCACGGACUACGUGGUGACCCGCUGGUAUCGUGCCCCAGAGGUGAUGUUGCUUUCGUCUGAGUACACAGUUGCCAUUGAUGUGUGGGCCGUUGGCUGCAUUCUUUAUGAGCUGAUAACACGUCGGCCCUUGUUUGCAGGCAAGGAUCAUGUGGAUCAGAUUCGGAAGAUCAUCAGCACCCUGGGCACGCCCACGGAGGCUGAGACGCAGUGGCUGCCGGAAGGCGGCACGGCGCGGUCGUUCCUGGUGAAGUGCACUCCGGCGCCAAAGGUUAGCUGGAAAGCACUCCUCCCCACGGCCAGCGACAGUGCCAUUGAGGUUGUGUCGAAGAUGGUGACCUUUGAUCCGAAUGUUCGCAUCAGCGUGGCCGACACCUUGCGACUGAAGUAUUUCGAUCACUUGUUUGAGGAGGAAGACCUGGUCCACGACACAUGCACCAAAAAGAUCGACUGGAGCUUCGAUAACUUCGAGCCCACCAAACCGCUUCUACAAAGCUACGUCUACUGCGAGCUGGCAAGCUUUCACCCAGAGAUAGUUGAGCGUGACAAGCACUUGCUUGCUGCAAAAGGCAUCGACAAGUUGUUGGAGGCGGCUCCCCGACCGAAGGCUGACUCUCUUCGACUCUGA